AAACAAAAUCCCCUGGUUUCUUGUCCGAUGUCUGGGUUCUGUCUCAAAUUGUGACCCCAUUGACCCAAACAGCACCUAAUUGGGCUUUGAUAUUGGAUAUUCCUACAGAUACACAAUUCCCAUAUGAAGGAAUAUAUACUUAUUUGGUGAAGAUGGAAACAUCAUAACAUUCUUGAUCAAUACAUUUGGAUGGAGGAGUGCUCUGACUCCUAAGUAACUACCAUUGAGUGAGUUGUACAAACUGUUCAAGAAAAAUGGAUUCAGUCAACAUAUGUUGUCCUGUUUGCACUUUGUUUUUGAGACCAGGCAUAACCUUGAAGCAGCACUUGACGUCCCAUCCUAAACAAAAGGUUAUCGAUGCUUUGGUUAAAUUGUCCCUGGUGGAAGAAUCACCCACAGCGAAAAGUAGUGCGUCACCACAACUUUUGCAGUCCCCAAAUGUAGCAACUGUUGGGAGCAGCCACAUUAAUACAGCAGUAGUGAACCACUCUUGGAACCAAACUCCGCCAGUGCCACUAGGGAAUCCACCUCAAGUCAGCCCUUCUCAUGGCAAUCACUUGUUUAUUUAUCAACAGAGUAUGAGUACAACGUCUCCUCAGCCUCCAGUUAUGCAUGUUAAUCCACUUUCUCAACAGUAUGUCUACCCGACUGCUUUCAAUCCGUUGAUGAUGAUGCCUUACGUUUAUCAGCAACAACAGCAAGUGAUACUUUCUAGUAAUUCUUCUUUACCACCUCAGAUCAAAGCACUAUCAUUUGACUCGCAUAAUUCUUUGGAGUCUCAAAAGGAUGCAGUUUCUGUUAUAGAUACAAAUGAGAGCCAGAAAGAGUGCAGGAUUGUUGAGGUAGAGGACAAUAUAGAAAAACCUUCAGAGGAAAUUGUGGAUGACCCAAAAAUAGAAGAAUCACUAUUCAAUGAAUCAAUAACCAUUAUUGAAAAACAUGAAAGAUCUUUAACCGAUGAUAAUGUGGAAACUAUGGAAGAUUUUGAAAAUGAAAGAAUGCUACUGAACGAUAUACCUCCAGAUGACUUUCAGCCGGAAAGAGAUGAUGAUAAUACUCAUCAAACUGAUCACAGUACCGGACAAGUCGAUCAGAAUAACCACCUAGUUGGGCAAGAAGUUAGUAGGUCUCCAAUAUCUGAAACAAAUUCUGAGUGGAAAUCAGAAACUGAGUUGAGCAAAGCUUGUCAGACACAGAAUGCUGGCAAUGCGUCCCCUACGUCGCAAGUUGUGGAAGAAGAACUAGUUCAAGAAAACGACAAUAAUUUCAUUCAGGAAGAUCAACCCGAAUAUUUUUACAUGGACUCACAAAAUGAUGAAUAUGUUGAGCAAGAACCCAAUGAAUACGUAAGUCAACAAAGUACUGAGCAAACUCCUUUCACAGAGGUUGAAACUACCGAAAAUUAUGAGCAGUCUGAACCCAUUUACACCUCAGCAAAUAUUUUGCACGGGGAUCAUUUAGAUUUCGUGAAUUUAGACGACAUAAUCAUCAUUAACGAAUUUCCUCCAAAUCAAAUCGUUGCCCAAGUGGAAAAUUUUGAGAGUACAUCGCCUGAAAGACCUAGAGUUCUCAUGACCAUUGGGGAAAUCCCAGAUCAUUCAAGGAUAGAUUACGUGGAACAUAGGGACUUUGAGGAGAGCAUGUCGAGAGGGAGUUCACAGGUCAACAUUAGAUCGGACGAGAGAAUGCCUGCCAGAGGUGAGCUCUCGGGACAGGAAAGUAUUGGUGGUAAUAGCGACAUAACAUGGAAUCAAUUGCAGUAUCAGGAAGGUAGCUCUCGAAUGUCUCAAUCUUAUGAUUUGAUUGGCAGAGGGUCGUGGGAGGCUUCGGAUAGUGAUAGUGUAGACAUGCCAACUGCUCCGCAAAAUUCCACCCAGGUUUCUUACCAGCCAAACGAGUACGAAGUUGAAAAUGAUACUCCUACUAUUGUCAGCUGUACGGGUCCUCCUUUAAAUUUCAAGUGCUCCACUUGCGGAAGAGACUUUGCAACUUCUAAAGAAAGAAAAGAACACGAAGUGGUGGAGCACUUUGAGAAAUCAAAACCAAACCUGGUUGGUACUGAAGUAGGAAAGAAGAGAGUGAAGAAACUUGUAUUGAAGUUGAAACCUGAAAACGCGGAAGUUGAGCACAAUUUUGAUAAUGUCUUUACCAAUAAAUUGAAGCAGGAAAGUAAUGCAGAACCUCAAGCUGAAAAGUCUCAGUUGGAAACCACUUUCAAAAUAGAUGAACCCGCUUUGGAACCUUUGGAUCUGAAAACUAUCUGUCCAAUUUGUGACCAAGUGUGCCCAAAUGCUAGAACACUCAAGGCUCACAAAAUAGAGGCCCACAAAGAAAAUGCUGCUCUCAAGCACAAAUGUUCAACCUGUAGUGAGUUGUUUCCCAACGAAUACAAGUACACAGAACACCUCAAGAUUCACCCUUUGGAGUGCAAGUUAUGUGGCAAGUUAUUCUACAGGCGUCAAAAUAUUAGACUGCACAUGAAAAGGCAUUUGGGACUCAAACCUUUCAAAUGUGAAAUCUGCGACAAAUGUUUCAUCACCAGACAAAAAUAUAAUGAACACAAAAACAUCCACACUGGAGAGGCUCCCAUCAAAUGUAACUUGUGUGACGAAAAAUUCAGGAGACAUUCCAACUUGGUUCAACACCGCAACCGCCACCAUUUCCAAUUGAAAAAGAAGGUCAAGGACUACAUCUGCCAGUGCGGAGAAAUAUUUCAUUCGAAAAAAAAGUUGGCCUGGCACAAGGAAAUCCAUGAUGCGAAACCGAAAGCCUGCACUCAAUGCAGCGAAAAAUUUCUCCACAUGUCCAGUUUGACGAGGCACAUGAGACGAGCACACAACGACAAAUUUCUGCCAGAAGACAAGCGUCAGAGUGAGAACGUGCAAUGUCCGAUCUGUAACGGUACCUAUCUGAGAUCUUCGUUAGACGUACACAUCAAGAGUCACAGCGGCGAGAGGCCUUUCUCGUGCUUGAUGUGUAACAAGGUGUUUACAACGAAGUGGAAUCUCAAGCUGCACAAGUGGACGCACGCGAGUCGCACUUCCAAGCCCUUCAAAUGUGAUCAGUGCGUAGGGGCUUUCAUUAGGGAAACUGACUAUAUAGCUCAUAUGAACUCCCAUAAGAGUGUGAGGCCGUACACCUGCAACUAUUGUGGGGCGCAGUUCAUUAGAAAAUAUAACUGUUUGCGGCACGUUAAAGAGCAUGAAAAUGCCAAAACUUUCAGCUGUACUGUUUGUUCGAAAUCUUUCCAUAGGUCAUAUUACUUGAAAGAUCACAUGAAAGUACACAGUGGCAUUCGGCCCCACCACUGCGGGGUUUGUGGAAAAACCUCCACUACCAAAUCUAAUCAUAAUAAACAUUUACAAAUUCAUCAUGCUAGAGAACCAGUAAGUACUGAAAACUAAAAGAAAUAGAGUAGGUUUGUGGGAUAUGAGAUAUCUGAUAUUAGACCUAUUAUAUAGAUGAUCUAUUAGGUACUAAGAUUUGGGAGAAUCAUGCAGGUGAUUUUUAAUUGUUCCAACUCUCAUCUUGGAUUUUUUAACUUGAAACUUUUUAAUUUAUAU